UGGGCAUUCUUCUUUACAUCUCCCAUGCUCUUUGCAAGACACGCAUCUCGCAUUCUCCAAAAGGCUUAUCGCUACAACCACACAAUGAGUGUCUUCUCCUCCUCGCGCCUGAUCGGCAAGACUGCCCUCAUCACCGGCGCAUCAUCCGGUAUUGGUGCGGCAACCGCCGAGCUCUUCUCCCGUGCGGGCGCCAAUGUCGUUAUCCUUGCCCGUCGGCAGGCGAUGCUGGACCAGGUCAAGGCCAAGUGCGAGCAGGCUCACCAGGCGAACGGUUACAAGGACGCCAAGGUAGUAGCCUUCGAGAUGGACAUGACAAACCGUACCGCAAUUGACGGGAUUCUGGACAAGACGGGCGGGUUGCCGAUCGACAUCCUUGUCAACAACGCUGGCCUCGUGCGCGGGCGCGAGCAAGUCGGCGACAUUUCGCCGGACGACAUCGACAUCAUGUUCCAGACCAACGUGAUCGGUCUCUUCCACCUCACCCAGAUUCUUGUCCGUGACUUUAAGAAGCGCAACACAGGCUUCAUCGUCAACCUCGGCUCUGUCGCUGGCAUCGAGCCCUAUGCCGGCGGGAGCAUCUAUUGCGCGACCAAGCACGCACUGAACGCAUUCAGCGGCUCGCUCAUGCGCGAGCUGGUCAACACCAACAUCCGCGUGGCGGAGAUUCAGCCCGGCAUGGUGGAGACCGAGUUCAGCAUUGUGCGCUACCGCGGCGAUGUGGAUCGCGCGCACAAUGAGUACAAGGGUCUUACGCCGCUCACCGGUGAAGACGUCGCCGAGGAGAUCGUGUGGGUCGCCUCUCGUCCGGACCACGUCCAGAUUGCGCAGAUCCUUAUGUUCCCAAGCGCGCAGGCGAGCGCGACGGUCAACUACCGCAAGCCAGAGUAGCGAAGCAACCAGAAGCACCGGAAGGUGCGGUUCGUGGCGAGGGAAGCAGUGCGGUGGCCGAGAUCUGAGGGGUUUUCUACAGCUCAGCAGCAAGUCGCGAAUAGAUAGCCGGUGGAAAGAGGGAUGGAGAAACAACGAUAAAAAGAGACGAGACGAACGCCAGCGCGUCACAUCCCUGGCGAUGACUAGAUGGCGCCAGCGUGCACAACGACAAACAUGGAGAGAGUGUGGAUCUCGGGGGUGGCGGAUGAGCUAGAGCCGGGAGCGACAGAGGGACUGACGGCGAUCAGGGCCGGUGACU